ACUGAGGGCUUCUUAGAGCCACUUUUCUGUGACCGCUUAAGUCGGAUUGGCUUUAUUUUUAUAGUUGGAUUUGGAUAUGCAAAUUAUUUUUCUUGAACUGCAGGUGACCUACAGAGAUUAGAGGCAGAAGCUGGGCUCCCAGAUCCUGCUAAAGGCCUCAUUGCACUCAGCUCCCACAGAGAGAAGCUGUGGUCAGAGCAGAGAAGACUUCGUCUGGGCGUCUCCACACAAGGUACAUCCUGAUUAUUGAAGAGCAGAUUGUGUACUGAAGGCUCCCAAUCGCUUUCAGAAGCUAAUAAAGGGCAACUUCAGCUCAGUUCACUGCCAAGGAGUGACCUUCAGAGACCAUGGCCCAGAGUCUGCAAGAGGAGGUGACCUGUCCGGUUUGUCUGGAAAUUUUCUUAAGCCCCAUUUUACUCCCCUGCGCACACAUUUUCUGCUUUCAUUGCGUGCAAAGAUGGAUGCUAGAACACAGGGAUCUGAAAUUGACCUGCCCCGUGUGUCGAGGGGUAAGUGACAGCCCCCCUUUGGAGGAAUGGCAAAUUGGAGCACUAUCACUUCUGUUCACGCAGCACAGUGCCCUACUGGAGAAAAGUCUGCACGUAAGCAAUGGGUUGUUGAGGUUCCGGGAGGAUAUGACCCUGGAUACAGGCACCGCCCACUCCUUCCUCAUCCUCUCUGAUGACCUCAAGAAUGUUCGGUGUGGGAAGAUCUGCCGCAACCCAGCGGAAGAUCCCCAGAGGUUCACCCACCUGGCCUGUGUCCUGGGCACCCCAUGCUUCUCCUCCGGCUGCCAUUACUGGGAGGUCGAAGUGGGACAGGCGGAGGAGUGGACCCUGGGGAUCUGCCAGGAAUCAGUCGACAGAAAGAGAAAGGCCGGUUUCUCCUCCGAGCAUGGCUUCUGGUUUAUCAGCAUGAAGGCAGGGACCAUCUAUGCCAGCUCCUUCCCAGAAACCAGAAUUCCUGCGAGCCCUGAACUUAGCCACGUGGGAAUUUUUUUAGAUGUUGAGAUGGAAGAAAUCAAGUUUUUUGAUGUGAGAGGUAAUGCCCUCAUCUAUACACACAGUCAUCUCUCAUGUGUGGAGCCUUUGCGUCCGUUCUUCUGUCCCGAGCUGCCUAGAGAAAGUGACAGUGGUGCCCCCCUGAAACUCUGCUCAUGAGAAACUCAGCACUUCCUAGAAGAUUUCUCAGAGGUGAAUGAGACCUUUGACUCGAGAAAGGGCAGAAUGACCUAGAGAGAGACCAUGUGUGUAGUAGGAGGGUUGUGCCGAUUUUUGAAAUAGAUUUUGUAGACUUUGCAGCUGAAUAGUUUUUAGGGUGCAUUUUGUAGACUUCGUAGCUAAAGAACUAUGGGGUCUUAGGGGGCGUUAGUAAGCACUCUAAGCCCCAGUUUUCCUAGUCUUCAAGUGGGGAUCAUUAUAUCUCUCAGCCAAAUAGCUGUGAUGAUCAGAGACGAUGCUGUGCAUUUAUUUUGUACUAAAUACAAAUGGGCCAUUUCAGAUUGGAAGUUAAAUAAAAUAUUUUGUGGGUAGAGACAAUGCCUUUUUCAUUAUUUUAUGCUUUUUCUGCAAUUCCUGAUAAUGAUAGCUGUCUGGGAAAGAAGAAGGAAACAGCCAGCAUGAGAUAUUUUGACAUGAAGUUUCAGUGAGAGACAAAAGUACUGGGAAAGAACUACGUUUCUCAUUUUUGUUUUCUCCCAAACACAGCUGCCAAAGUUUUCCUGAAAGACAAAACUUUGAGGUGUCUCCAGUUAAUGGUGAUUCACGUUUGUUCUAAUG